AAAAAAAAGUCGUGAAUUCGUCGUAUAUACAUAGAUACACACACACAUACACAUACACCCCAACCCAACACACAUACCAGCAUACACGUGUGUGCUCCGCGCUCGUCUAGUGGAGAGAGAGAGAGGAAGAGAGAGAGCAAGUUUUCGUCGUCGUCGUUUUUUUUUUUUUUUUAUAUUUUUGCUGUGUUUGCCUUGCCUGCCCCCACUGUGCGUUAUUUAUUUUAAUUUUUUUCGUUAAUCAUUUUUCGCAUUUUGUGGAACAAGUUGGAAAAACCCAAAAAAUAAAUAUAUAUAUCUACAUAUAUAAUAAAAACAACAACAAUAAUAGAAACAAAAGCCGCAGCAGCCAGCCGCCAGCAAGCAGUUUGCACCAAAUUCUUGAAAAAAGAGGUUCCGGGUUCCGGGUUCCGCCCUCCCCUCCAAUUCCAUAUGCAAAAUGUCUAGUCCAGACGAUAGAAUACACGAUCUGCCAUCAGAAGCCGGAAGCAAUGAGCGACUGCUGCAGCACAUAACAGCGCCGGGCGCCCUGACAUUGGACUACAAGCCCCAUCCAGCGGUGGAUAUCGAUCAGCAGAUCAUGGAGCUCAAAAAAAGUCAGGAAUUGCAAAAACAAAGGCUAUACCAUUCAUACCAGGAGCAAUCGAAGCAAAUGGAAUUGGAGCAUAAAUUGCAAUUGGAGCACAAGUAUCAAUUUGCGGUGAAUUCCCAUGGCGCUUUCCAGGAAUUGCGGGAACAGAGCAUUGUGACAGCCGCCGCUGCUGCCGCCGCCGCUGCCGUGGCUGAGGAGCAGCAUCAUCGUCAGCAACAACAACAACAACAACAACAGCAGCAACAACAGCAACAACAACAACAACAAAGGGAACAACAACAACAGCGAGAGAGAAGAGAAAGAGAGGGAAUGAAGCGAAAGGAUAAUUGCAGCGCCAAUGCCAGUCCGGAGGUCAAGCAAAUCCUCAACUGCUUCAUCUUGAGUCGCAAGUCCCAGGCGGCAGCAUCCAAUGGCACAACGACCACGUCUCCAUAUAGAAACCGUGGUGUGGUUAAGAGCUCCUCCGGAGAAUCCCUGCCGGCGGGCACCGUAACGAGUGCGCAUCCUUACAAAAUACCUCAGCCGCCCUCCUCGCUGCUCAAAUAUGAAUCUGACUUUCCGCUGCGGAAGACAGCAUCCGAACCGAAUCUUCUGAAGAUCCGGCUGAAGCAGAGCGUCAUCGAGCGGAAGGCCCGCAUCGGCGGCCCGGCUGGAGCCCGGCGGCACGAGCGACUUCUCCAGGCGGCCCAGCGGCGCCAGCAGAAGAACUCGGUCCUCACAAAUUGCAAUAGCACUCCGGAUUCGGGUCCCAACUCGCCGCCCUCUGCGGCCGCCCUGGCUGUGGGCGUGGUCGGCAGCCGGGGCUCCCCCACCAGCGCCCCCAUCCAGGAGGAGAACGAGGAGGGCAGCCAGUACCAGCCGGGGCCGCGGAGCAGCAUCAACGACCUGCCCCUGUUCAGCUCCCCGUCGCUGCCGAACAUCUCGCUGGGCCGGCCGCACCUGCCCAAUCCCGUCCAGGUGCAGGCCCAAGUCCAGGCCCAGGUGCAGGCCCAGGCCACCGCCCAGGUCAACUACGCCAUGCUGGCGGCCCUCCAGCAGCACGUGGCCGCCGGCACGGGUGUGGGCGUGGCGGGCGGAGGACAGGCGGCCGCCUACUACAACCCCUUCGCCUCGCUGGUGGGUCGCCCCCUGCCACUGACCAUGAUCCCGUCCACAGGGAGCCCCCAGCAGCCGUCGCCGGUGGUGCGGAGCGCCUCGGCCACCUCCACCUCCUCGUCGCAGGCGUCGCUGGUGGGCGAUGUGGCGCCGCCGCAGGCCCAUGCCGCCUCCACCAUUCUGCCCUCCUCCUCGUCCUACAUGCAGCAGCUGGGAGGCGUGGCCGGCUCGGCCGUCAAUCUGCACGCCGCCGCCCUGGCAGCCGCGGCCGCCGCCGGCUCAGCCGGAUCCCUGCCGCCCACCAAUAGCCACGGUCACGGGCACAGUCACGGCCAUGGGCAUGGACACGUCCACGGCCAUGGGCAUGAGCACAGUCUCUACCAGCACCAGCCGCCGCAGCACAACGCUCCCAUCACCGACGCCCAGGUGGCGCAGGUGCAUCUCCACAAGCAGGGCCACCGGCCGCUGGGAAGGACGCAGUCGGCGCCCCUGCCGCUGGGCCACCCCAUGCUCACCGGAGCCGGACAGCUGAACGUGGUCCAGACGCACUACGAGAACAGUGAGGCGGAGCGCCAGGCUUACGAGCACCAGGUCCUGAACCAGAAACUCCGCCAGACGGUGCUCACCAGGAGCGGUGCGGCGGCUGCAGCGGCCGCCGUACGGGAGGCGCAGCUCAAGGAGGAGGAGGACGACUCCGCUGCGGAGGUGAUGGACCUCACCGACAAGAAGAAGCCGCCCAAGACGGUGCUGACCAGCACCAUAGCCACCAGCACGUCCCAGAACCUGCCCGAUGCCUUGGCGGCGGCUGUGGCGGCGGCCGCCUAUCGUGCCGCCGUCCAUCCGCCCUCCACCUCGACCACGUCCUCCUCGCUAUCGUCCAGUUCGGGUUCCAAGUCCCGCGACCAGGAGUACCUCCAGCAGCAGCGCGAACAGCUACUGCUGCUCCAGCAGGAGGAGGAGCUGGCGGCGAAGGGCCUGAUGCGACCACUCUCCCGGACGCUGAGCAGUCCGCUGGUGCCGCUGGGACCGCACGGCCUCAGCCAGAUACCGGACACCGGGCAGCAGCCGGCGCCGAUAGCCACCAGCUCCUCGGCCGACCACAUACCGCCCGUUAACCUCUCGCUGCCGCACCGCCAGCAGCGCCAGCUGAUGAAUACCUUGUACGCCGCCCAGUUGCGGCAGCACCACCACCAGCAGCAGCACCUGCAACAGUCGCCACCGCCAGCCACGGCCACCACGGCAGCAGCCGGAACGACCUCCUCAUCCGGAUCACCGCCGCACAAGGUGACCACCGGCCUGGCCUUCGAUCCCCUGAUGCUGAAGCACUCGUGCACCUGUGGCGGCAACAACGCCCACCACCCGGAGCACAGCGGCCGGCUGCAGAGCGUCUGGGCGCGGCUGAACGAGACGGAUCUGGUCAAGAGAUGCGAUCGGCUGCGGGCCCGCAAGGCCACCCAGGAGGAGCUGCAAACGGUGCACACGGAGGCCCAUGCCAUGCUCUUCGGCUCCAACCAGUGCCAGCUGAGUAGGCCCAAGCUGGACAACGCCCUGUCCGCCAGCUUUGUGAAGCUGUCGUGCGGGGGACUGGGCGUGGACCUGGACACCACGUGGAAUGAACAGCACACGGCUGCCGCCGCCCGGAUGGCCGCCGGCUGUGUCAUCGAUUUGGCCUUCAAGACGGCCAAGGGGGAUCUCAGGAAUGGCUUCGCCGUCGUCCGGCCGCCGGGCCACCAUGCGGAGGCCAAUCUGGCCAUGGGCUUCUGCUUCUUCAACUCGAUCGCCAUUGCCGCCAAGCUGCUGCGCCAGCGGAUGCCCGAGAUGCGGCGCAUUCUCAUCGUGGAUUGGGACGUGCACCACGGCAAUGGCACUCAGCAAGCAUUCUACCAAAGUCCCGACAUUCUAUAUCUUUCCAUACAUCGACACGAUGACGGUAACUUCUUUCCCGGCACAGGAGGACCCACAGAGUGCGGUUCUGGUGCUGGUCUCGGCUUCAAUGUAAACAUCUCCUGGUCGGGAGCUCUGAAUCCGCCGCUGGGCGAUGCCGAGUAUAUCGCUGCAUUCCGUACCGUUGUGAUGCCCAUCGCACGGAGCUUCAAUCCGGACAUUGUCCUGGUCUCCUCCGGCUUUGAUGCGGCCACCGGCCAUCCGGCUCCCCUGGGCGGCUACCAUGUCUCGCCGGCCUGUUUCGGCUUCAUGACCCGCGAGCUCCUCCAGCUGGCCAACGGCAAGGUGGUGCUGGCCCUCGAGGGUGGCUACGACUUGGCCGCCAUCUGUGACUCGGCCCAGGAGUGUGUUAGGGCCUUGCUAGGGGAUCCUGCGGCGCCGAUAGCCAAGGCAGAGCUGGAGCGUCCACCCUGCCAGAAUGCCAUCAAUACACUGCAGAAAACGAUAGCCAUUCAGCAAACCCACUGGCCCUGUGUCAGGAUACUGGAGCAUACGGUGGGCCUGUCCGCCUUGGAGACCCUCAAGGUGGAGCACGAUGAGUCCGAGACCAUCAAUGCCAUGGCUGGCCUUUCCAUGCAGUCGAUGCACAGAACCCUAUCUUGUGAUGAUUCCGAGGAGCCCAUGGAUCAGGACGAAACCAAAUAGAUGAAGCAGAUUAUAAGAAGAAGAAGAGGAGGAUGUCUUGGAGGAGCAGCUUGGGAAGAGUGGGCGUGGCUGGGGAGGGGGCUUGGGAGGCUGCUCAAGAAGCACAUUUAGUUAUUUGUUGUAGUUGAAUUGAUUGUUGUUGCUGUUGUUGUCAUUCAUCGUCCUUAGAAGUGUCUACUCUCUCACUCUCCUCCCCCUCCCCCUCCCCCCCUCUCUCUCUCUCUCUCGAGAAAAUACACUGAAAAGAAUGUCUAAACAUCGAAACAGAAGAGAAACAAGAGAAGAGGCUGUGCCUCCCAAGAAGAAAUCUUUAAAAAAAAAGAAAAUAUUUCAAUUAAAAA